AUGGCAGAACUUGCUACCCAGAGCCCCGUGCAGCUGAUGGCCCUGCAGCUGCUGUUGUGGCAUAGUGCACUGUGGACCGGGCAAGAGGCUGUGCCCUUGAGCCCUGCCAGUGCCCUGCCCAUUCCCCGGAGCUUCCUGCUCAAGUCCUUGGAGCAAGUGAGAAAAAUCCAGGCUGAGGGCACUGAGCUGCUGGAGGCGCUGGUGAGUGAGUGCACCACCUACAAACUGUGCCACCCCGAGGAGCUGGCGCUGCUCGGCCACUCUCUGGGCAUCCCUCAUGCUCCCCUGAGCAGCUGUACCAGCCAGGGCCUGCAGCCGGAGGGCUGCCUGAGCCAACUCCACAGUGGCCUGGUCCUCUAUCAGAGCCUCCUACAGGCUCUGGCAGGGAUUUCUGCUGAGGUCUCGCCCGCCUUGGAUAUGCUACAGCUGGAUGUCACUAACUUUGCCAUCACCAUCUGGCAGCAGAUGGAAGACCUCGGGGUGGCCCCUGAGGUGAAGCCCAUCCAGGGCACCAUGCCAGCUUUCACCUCUGCUUUCCAGCGCCGGGCAGGGGGUGUCCUGGUCAUCUCCAACCUGCAGAACUUCCUGGAGCUAGCAUAUCGAGUUCUGCGCUACCUCACUAAGCCCUGA